GGGCCUUCCGGUUGUACGAUGUUGACAAUGACGGUUACAUAACUCGCGAGGAAAUGUACAAUAUUGUGGAUGCCAUAUAUCAGAUGGUGGGCCAACAACCGCAAUCGGAGGAUGAGAAUACGCCGCAGAAACGUGUUGACAAAAUUUUCGAUCAAAUGGAUAAGAAUCAUGAUGGUAAAUUAACAUUAGAAGAAUUUCGUGAGGGUAGUAAAGCUGAUCCACGUAUAGUUCAGGCGUUAAGUUUAGGUGGUGGUUAAGACAGUUAAGGUAAACGAACGUGCGCAAACGAACAGUAAACCUACAUUAAAAUUAAUAGCAUGCAUACUUAUACAUAACAAAAAAAAAGGACUUUUUAGGACGAGGACAGCGACAGCGCGCUGAGGGCAGUUUAUAAGAUAAAACAUUUACAUAAAUAAAAGUUUAGCUACAAUAGUUUGUUAUACAUCUUACGAAGUCGGGGUUUUUAUAUUAGAUCGAAUAAGUAUUUUGAAAGAAAAAUUGGUUUGGGUAGUUGAAUACUCGUAAAAAGCGAAAUUUUCCAGCAAAUAUGUGUGAAUGUCCUGCUGAAGAGAAAAAGCGAGCUAAGAAAUUCUUUUUUUUUCGCAACCCAAGCUAUUUUCAAUACUUUAAACGAAUUUAACUUCGUUUUCGUUUCAAUACUUCUUACUACAACAAUUAAGUACUUGGCACUUUUCCAAAAAAAAACUUUUUAUUCGAAGCAUAGAUUAAAAAUAAAUACUCAAAAUCAUAAAGAGAAAUUUAAUAAUUUUUAUUGACGAGUAUAUGAGAUAAUAAUUUUUUUGCAAUUAAAUUUUUAAUAUUAGCGUUAAGCUAAAAAAUAAUAAUAAAAUAAAAAAUAAAAUGUUUAUUGAAAGAAAUAAAUGCGUUCAUUAGUAUGUAUAAAUUAUACACAGUAAUUGGGCAGCGAAAUAAAAAUAAAUAAAUAAAUAAUUUAGCAACAUAAAGCGAAUACACCAACUAAUAGGUAAAUAGAAAAAAAUGAAAAAACAACAAAAAAUUAUAGCUCAUAACAUAACAUUGUUUAUAUGAAAACGAGAGUGUUUAGUGAGAAAAAAGUCAUAAAACAAGCCUUCAUUAUAUUUAUGAAAAAAAAACCAAACAAAAAAAAAGAUAUUCGAAACUAGUAAAAAUAAGUAAACAUCAAUUAUAAAAUAAAAUUACAUUUGCAUUUUUAACAUUAGCAAUUAGCCUUACUGCAUAUUAGCACGGUCUUAUGGCCUACAUAUUCAUUACGGUUGAAAAUGAUGAAGUGGAGCGAAAUUUUAGACUACAGUUAGGCGUUAGGACAAUUACGAGUAUGCAAUAGCAAAUUAAAUGGGGUCUGCAAAAUUUAAAAAAAUAUUACUAUAUAUUUAAGUAAAUUUACAAACUCGCGAUGGUCCUUAAAGGAAUUUUUGGUGUAAAGUAAAAAAGAAAUUCGAAUUCUUCUCAACUUUUGAUUGCACAACACCUUGGAGCGCAUCUUUUUAGUGAUGGGUAACUUAUCUUUGAGCAUAGUUAUCGAGCUAACUCCUAGCAGUGUGUAGCAUGCUUACACUCACUUCAAAGACAAUUUGAGUCAGGAGUUUAGUACUGAUGUCUUAUAGCCUAUUUCCACCAAAAGCUUAACAGCAGUUGAGAGUGCAAAGUGAUCGCCAAAGCUUAUUAUUUUCAUGCAAAAUUUAUUUAUGAAAAUAUAGUCCAUUCUAUAAUAUAA